GACAACACGAGGUUAUAAUUUCUGUUUAGCCAAAAAGCGCUAAAAAUGACAGAGGAAAACUGGAACGACGAUAGCAUGGAAGCGGGCAGCAUGGCCGUGGACACCAUGCCACCACCCCAGCCGGCUGACAUUCCUGAAAUCAAAUUAUUCGGGAGAUGGAGCUAUUACGAUGUUCAGGUUCCAGAUAUGUCUGUUCAGGAUUAUAUUUCCGUGAAAGAAAAAGACGCUAAGUACCUGCCGCACUCUGCUGGUAGGUACGCACACAAGCGAUUCCGGAAAGCGCAAUGCCCUAUCGUCGAACGUCUAACCAACUCUCUAAUGAUGCAUGGCCGUAACAACGGUAAGAAAUUAAUGGCAGUUCGUAUUGUGAAACACGCCUUCGAAAUUAUCCACCUCUUAACUGGAGAGAACCCUCUUCAAGUUUUAGCUACUGCUAUUAUUAAUUCUGGUCCUCGUGAAGACUCCACUAGGAUUGGUCGCGCUGGUACUGUUCGCCGUCAAGCUGUUGAUGUUUCCCCCCUCCGUCGUGUGAACCAAGCUAUCUGGCUGCUGUGCACUGGCGCACGUGAAGCAGCUUUCAGAAACAUCAAGACCAUUGCUGAAUGUGUCGCUGAUGAGCUUAUCAAUGCAGCAAAGGGUUCAUCUAACUCAUAUGCCAUCAAGAAGAAGGAUGAGUUAGAACGUGUUGCAAAAUCCAACCGUUAAGUUUUUUUAGGCUGGGUAAAUAAAAUUAAAAAUUACCAUAUGUUUUUCAUUUAUUUUAAAUUCAUUUUUAAUAUUAAUGAUUUAUCAUAAAAAUUUCAUUCAAUUCAAUUGUGUUACAUAGACUGGUUUCUGCAACUCCAUAACUAUUUGAGCCAUCCUAGCUCCACAAGGAAUCUUAAAAACUCUAAUGUUGUCAAAGAUUCCUGGAUCUGUGACUUAAACAGGUUAAUGUACUUAGCCAAACAUGUGAACGCAAUGCAUUAGAGUAGGACAUAGCUGACAUCUCUUCACAUUCCAUGUAGGCUUGGCAAAGGGCUGUCCAUGAUAUCUUUCAUCAAAUGACCUGUGCCCAGUUAGUGCUUGUAUUAGUUGUUGUUAACUUUAGCUAAGCUAAUAGGUAUGAGGUGAUCACUACCAUGCAUGAUUUCUUACUUAAUCAUAUAAAAUAUUGUGUUGUAAAUUAAUAUUAAAAAGUCCUACUUGUCCAUAUUAGUGGUAACGUUUAAAUGGCUUUCAAUAAGUAUUCUUGGAAUCUAUACUGAAUAAAGAUAAUUCUAUUCUCUAUUUCAUGCUGAAUGACUGUGGGCUAGAUUAGUCAUUGCUUUCAUGUAAUCACUGUUGUGUUUUAUACAUCGAAGUAUUAGUUAUUUACUUCACCUGUCUUGAUUAGGUGUGAGAAUCAUUAUAGAUACAAUAAACAUUUGAGCAAAUGAUAGAAAAGAUUUUUAAAAUAAUAUUUUUCAUUACAUAAAAGAACUCAAUUUUGUUAGGUCACUGUGUCGGUACCAUUGAAAGAAUUCUCAUUUAUAUAGUUUCAAAAGUUUCUUAGUAGUCAAUUAAAUAAUAUAUAAUAUUGUGUCAUAUCUGUUAUUUUAGAACUUAUAUAUUUUUAACUUUUUUGGAUUUUACAAAUUAACAAAAGCAUUAAAAAUAUAUCAAUGAAAAUAUAUUACUGUUCAGAAUUUAUACAAAUGCAUAAGUUGAUAUAUAUUUUUUUAUAAAAUAAUGUUUUUUAUUAGGAUUAUCAGUUAACACUAUUUAUUAUACUAAAUUAAAUUAAUUAUAAAAAAUAAUAAAAUAGUGCAACCAAUACUGUUAGCCAUCAAUUACUAUUUACAAAAGUUGAGAUUGAAAAAAGUUUACAAAACUAGUAAACUAUACAAAAAAAAAAGAGUAACAAUUAUUAUGCUAUCCAGUUACACACUCAUUUUCCUCGUAUAUAGAGUAUUUCUUUAUUUUAAACAUCCACCUUAAAUACAAAAGUAAUCAAUAACUUUUUAUGACUAUGAAAACUAUGUAUACCUACAUAAAUUUCAUUGCUAAACAAUGUCAUGUUUGAUUUUGGCAUGAUCUACCACAUUCUACAUCAAAAUAAUGUUAGGUUGUUAAUGUUGCUUUUCUCUCCAAAUAACUAUAACAUAUUGGUCACAUUAAAAAAAAACUAGCAAACUUCAGGGUUUCAAGGAAAUGAAACAUAAAAUGUGCUUUGUUCUUGCCAUGACAGUAAGGUUGGUUGGAAUGAGGGCUAAAAUCUUCCACUCACCAGAUGUCGCUAGUUGUGACUGAGGUAGUUUUCUGUUACACAAUAAUUAAUUUUAUAAAUAAUAUUAUUAAAAUAAUUAUUGAGAAAUAGUUUUAAAUAACAGUUUAUCAGUUUCCAGAGUAAUAUUAAUACGCAACAGAAUGCAUCAGUGAUUUGAUCUUAAAUGUUUUGUACUUCAUACCUCUUUUUUUAUUUUUAUUUUUUUACUUAUAUUGAUAGUUUGGAUUAUUUAUUUUUAGUAUAAUUAAUAUAGAAUAUAACUAAUAAUACAGAAAGAAACAAAUUUUAAAGAACUUUUGCAUAACUAAUGAGUUAUACGAGGGCGGCACUGAAAAUUUCGGGAAUCAAGGAAGUGACACAACAUUACUAUUUAAAAAUGUAUUUAUUGCUUUUCAAAGUAUUCUCCGCGAAAUUUAACACAUUUUUCCAAACGAUGGAACCAAUCAUUGAAGCAACCAUUCCAUUCGGAAGUUGGGGUCUCCAAAAUGGCCGUUUUGUAGGCGUCCACAGCUUUUUCAUGUGAUGAAAAUCUCUGUCCACGCAAUUUAUUCUUUAUUUUGGGGAAAGUAUAGAAAUCAUUAGGGCUUAGGUCGGGGCUGUACGGCGGAUGGUCUAAUAAUUCUAUGUUUUCUUGCUCUAAAAACUUUUGUUCUGUGUGCGGUGUGAGAACUCGCUUUGUCGUGAUGGAGGAUGAUGCGGCGGUUGCAGUUCUCUUUACGGAGUUCAGAAACGACCUGUGGCAAACAAAUGCUAGCAUACCAUUCUGCAUUAACCGUUCUUUGUCCCUCAAGAGGAAUAGUCGUAACAUGGCCGGUUUUGGAGAAAAAAGUGGCCACCAUUUUUUUUGCAACACCGUGAACGAACAAUUUUUGUUGGCUUUUAACUCAUUUUCGAACACCCGAACUCGUGACUGGUUUUUUGUUUCGGGUUCGUACGCGUAUAUCCAGGAUUGGUCACCUGAUACGAUGUUGUAUACAGCAUUUGAGGAUCCUGCGUGGAAUCUUUCGAGAGUUCUGACGCACCAAGAAACGCGAGCCGCUUUUUGCUCUUCACAGAGCGAAUGCGGUAUCCAUCGGGAAAACAACUUUUUUACACCUAAUUGUUCAUUAUUUGUAUUUGACUCAUGCCAAUGUCUAAAGUUGCCUGAAUUUCGCGGUAUGUCACAUGUCGAUCUUCCUCAAUCACCUUACGCACAGCAUCAACGUUUUCUUGGGUGACUGCAGUUUUUGGACGACCUUGACGGGGAUCAUCACUGAGCUUGACACGUCCACGUUGAAAUUCAGCAAAGCAGCGAUAAAUUGUGGUUUUGAAUGGGGCUUCAUCACCAAAUGCAGAAAUCAUCCGGUCAACACACUGUUUUUGUGUUAAACCACUUUGAAAGUCAUAAUAAAUCAUCGCUCUUGAAUUUUCUCGAGUCAAUUCCAUUUUGUCAAAGACUAAACAAGUUUGAUAAAACCUUGUGACAAGACCGAGAAUCUUUUUUUAAAUAAAUAAAUGGUAUUCGAUUUUUAAAACCAAGGACUUCAAUUAAAAAGAUUUUAAUAUGACAGGAACAGUGGAAAUAUUCUAUUCCCGAUACUUUUAGUGCAGCCCUCGUAUAAUAAGUAAAGCUUUUAAAUCAAAAUUAAUUGAGUAGGUACAUUAUCUUUAAUGAAAAGACAAGGUUUUUUCAGACAUUGUCAUUUAAAAAAUUAACUUUUGAUAUAAGUAAAAGCACACUUCGAAGAACUAUAAAGAAUAAAAUUAUUUCACAUCUUUAUGUCGCAACUAAGACAUUGUAGUGGAGAAUUAAAAAUUCUUUGAAUUUUAAUUUAACUUUUUAUUAAAAGUUAAUUUUCUUAACCCUUUGAGUUGAAUGAGGGAAUAUCACAAUUUUAAUGUUGUCUAAAUAGUUAAUUAAAAGCUUCAUUCUAUUUUUGCCGCCCUCCGUGGGGGGCGGUGGAAUAUUUGCUCCAAUUUAUAAGGAACCUCCCCUGAAGUAACCUAUAUAAUAAAAAAGAAUCAUCAGAACUGGUUCACAAAUGAUGAAGAUAUCGCGUAUCAUACGUAC